AUGCGCACACCUACUAACUUGAUUCUGGUGAACCUCGCCAUAGCAGAUUUACUUGGAUGUGUGGUAAAUAUGCCGAUUAUGUUUGUGACAUUUAUUACAGACUUUGMACAUGGGUAUCUUGAGGUUCUUGGCGAAGUACACUUCGUUUUGACAGUGUUUAUUGGCAUCGCGAUCUGUUCCUGUCAAAUACUACUGUGUAUUGACCGGCAUGACGUCAUGAAAUCUCCUACAAGCAGAAGAAUAACAAAAAGUCGCAUGAAACGUAUCASUAAGAUCCUUUGGUUUGUUUCUAUUGGUGCGGGAAUGAUCACGUGUUUACUUGUGAUUGUAGUUCCAACGCACUGGCUGACCUUACAAGACGACGAACCCCAUUUCAUUGCUGGUGAAAUUCUGAACAGUUUUGGCACCAUUGUGAUUCUGUCUAUCCUGGUUGCCAUGAUGUAUUCUUGUCAUGCUGUCAAGCGAGGUAUUGUCGCACAUAACAUACGUAUGAUGCAAUCACUUGGYAGAGCGACCCUGGAUCGAGAGAUCAAAAUCAAUAAAGUAGCAGGCUGUCUUGUGAUUGGUUUUACUGCCACGUGUCUACCAUGGAUUAUAGUACGCCUAGUGUAUUCCAUCACCGGUCAUCAAGACAAAGUAUCAUACAUCAUCUCSUAUACUUUACUAUACGCCUCACAUGCAAUCAACCCCAUAGUAUAUGCUGGUCUCAUGAAAACCUUCCAGAGAGCUAUGCUACAAAGCCUGUGUCUGGUGGGACUGGUUUGCCCCAAAUCGUCAUGUUGCAAGAAAAUUGGUCCUCAAGAAAACCAAGCGAGAAACUCUACUAAUACCUGCCCAGGUCUUUCGGCUCAUUUGGCUAAUCACUCGCAGAGUCUCGAAAUAAACUUUGAAGCUAUGAUUAUAGAAGGCUUUGACGAGUCCAUAAAACAUUCAUUAGGAUUUGAAUACAGACGAAAUACCCAGAUCCCUGAAGCCACUCUAAAGUUUCCAGACACCAACAUGGACAUGGAUGAUCUUUGGAAAAUCAAUCCGGUUGGUGACAAGAUUGAGAUGACCCUAACGCCCAAUCCUGAAGCCACCUCAAGUUAUACAAAACGCUAUCCUAAACGCAACCGAUGUCCACCCAAGUACUUACAAGACCAUGUUUAA